UUUUUUUGCAAUGCCACUUUAGUGGCCCCCUUCAUUCCCAUGUAUUUAAAGAGACAAAUGAAUAUUGUAUUCACAUAAAAUAGCACUCCAUGGCUAAACUCUCCGUACAAAUGGAUCGCAAAGAUGGCUCUACUUAGAAGUAUUGGUGUGAUAAUCAAUUCUUCGCUAUCAACAAUCUCAUGCCAUGGUGCUUGUGGUACUCUUAGUCGCUAUAGUCAUUACUUAUGCAACACCUUGUCGUCAACGUUGCAUCUUACGCAGUGUAAAACUUCCAACAUGGUUCAACAUAACGGUCUAUUAAAACCAGUGUUGCCAUUAGUGAAUUCAAACUGUGGCAUGAAAAUUAAAGGGAAGCCAGAACUUCGUUGCAAGGAUUGUUACUUUGUUAUGAGGGAUGCGAAGCUAUACGUUAUGUGCAGGACAUACCCACGGCACAAGCAAAUGCGUUUGUAUCCUUCAGAGAGGAAAACCAGGAUAUUAACUUAUGCGUGUCAAAGGCCUAAGCGAGAAUGGUAGUAAUAAUUAACAAUUCCUAUGAUUUUUCAUAUACAGUGCACACAUCAUGAGCAAAACCAUUGCAUUUGUUGACCGUGCUUUAUGUAUUGCAAUAAAAUGCCUGUAAAUAUCUCCAGUUAAUUGAUCCUGUA